AUGUUCCGCCAAAACCCAAACCUAAUCCAACCCCCCCUCACCCCGCUCUCAACCUCCCGCCCUCCUCUCUUCCUCAUCCACGACGGCGGCGGCACCAUCUUCUCCUACUACUGCCUCUCCGACCUGCACCGCCCCGUCUACGGCAUCUUCAACCCAUGCUACUCUACCAAAUCCACAUUCGAGGGCGGCAUCCCCGAGAUGGCCAAGACUUAUCUCAAUUUUAUCAUCGAGACUUUAUUUGGAGACGAUCAAUGUGACGGAAAAGUCAGUUCUCCUCCAAAAAGGGAUGCAGGAAAAGAGCUUAGUAGAGAGCGGGACUUGAUUCUAGGCGGGUGGUCACUUGGCGGCAUGGUUUCCUUGGAAGUAUCCAGGCAAGUUUUGGAUUUCAACGCUGCAGAGGUUGCUCAAGCGGUCAAAACAGGAAAGAAAGCAAAAAAGUUGAAUGUCCUGGGAAUCAUCAUGAUCGACAGCAUGAACCCCGACCAGGCCUCCUUCCCGCACAACGUCAAGAUUGCCAACCCGAAUGCUACCAAGAUGCAGUGGGGCCCGCAUACCAAGCCGGAAACCAAGGAGGCGGUGCUCAGGUGCUUCCAUGAGGCGAGACGCAUGUUGGCCUUCUGGGAACUGCCGACUUGGCCACCAGUCGCAGAUGCUGAUGGGGAUGGUACUAUCAGGACUAGUCCAAUGGGACCGCCGCCUGUGGUGCUGUUGAAAGCCAAGGAAAAUGUCCCGCUGCAAGAGCCGCAGGAGGAUGAAGAAGAGGUGUCGAGGACGGAUGUGCAUAGGGGUGAUGGACAGUUGGGGUGGGGGAGUUAUCAUGAGGGAAUGGUGAGGAAGGUUAUUGAAGUGGAAGGACAUCAUUUCAAUUUGUUUACGGAGGAGAGGAGAGCAGAGCAGGUGACGAGGGGGGAUUUUGGGGGAUCAUGGAGUGCGGACAACGGCCAUGAGGAGGAGAGCAGCCUUGAGGUGAAAGGAGGAGAGCGUGAAGAGGAAGACGGAGACCAUGAGGGCAAGAUGAAAUGGCGCAAGGAGGGGGAUUUGAGAGGUGCCAGAGAGAAGGCGUGAGACUGUUCAAAGGGCUGAUCUGAAUGGAGCACAACGCGAAGGUUACCGCGAGGCAAAGACGAUCAGUCGACUUGAUGGAAAAAUAAGGGGCGAACUGAGGAAACCUCAAGGCCCGUAACGUGAUCGCGGAAGAUGGCACGUCAUUCAGGAGAAGGGAGUUUAAUCCGUCGGAUCUCUAGAGGUACCUACCUAGAUGCACUGUUAGGUACGUACAUGGCAACUGCGAGGUCGAGUUGGAGGCGGCUAGAGGUACCUACCGUACAAACUCGGGAAAUUGGCAAUCGUCAAUCUCCUCUUUGAGCGCCGGUGCAGGACAUAUAGGUAGGUACUUAUUCAGGACAAACCCGAUUCUGUACAUGAAAACGCACGCAAGUUACCGUGGU